AUGUUAUAUCUCCGGGUUUCCGGCUCCGUGAUUCCUCUGCGUGUUUUAGAGUCGGAUUCGAUUGCUUCAGUGAAGCUUAGGAUCCAAACAUGCAAUGGAUUCGUGGUAAAGAAGCAAAAGCUUGUUUUCGAAGGCAGGGAAUUGGCCCGGAACGAUACUCUCAUUAAGGACUACGGUAUCACUGGUGAGAAUGUUUUGCAUUUGGUUCUUAGACUUUCUGAUCUUUUGCAUAUCACUGUUAAGACCAUUUGUGGAAAGGAAUUUGAUUUCCAUGUUGAUCGACAUCGAAAGGUCGGGUACCUGAAGCAACGGAUUUUGAAAAAGGGGAAAGGUUAUGAUCCAGAGGAUCAAGAACUUUUCUGCAACGGUGAAAAGCUUGAUGACCAGAGGCUUAUUGAUGAUAUUUGUAAGAACAAUGAUGAUGUUAUUCACCUGGUGGUUCAGAAAUCUGCAAAGGUUAGAGCUAAACAUUUUGACAAAGAUUUGGAGCUUUCAGUUGUGGCACCAGUUUCUGAUGAAAGAAGAGAAGGAGUCAAUGGAGUAGCCAACCACCGACCCGAGGGGGUUCCAGUUGUAACCUGGGAGUCGGCUUUUCGAAAUCCAGAUUUCUUGUUGGAACCAAUUAUUGUCAAUCCCAAGGUUAAAGUUCCCUCUUAUGUAUGGGACAUGUUUAACUCUACAUUUAAUGGUUUGCAGAAGGGCAAUCAACCUAUAAGAUCCUCUGAGGGGACUGGAGGAACUUACUUCAUGCAAGAUCCUUCCCAAGAGUUUAUUUCUGUUUUCAAGCCUAUUGAUGAGGAGCCUAAUGCAGUGAACAAUCCCCAUGGCUUGGCCGUAUCUCCGGAUGGUGAAGGUUUGAAAAGGGGAACAAGGGUGGGAGAAGGAGCCCUGAGGGAAGUUGCAGCAUACAUAUUGGAUCAUCCCAAGGGUGGGCCUCGCAACUUAUCAAGAGAGGCUAUUGGCUUUGCUGGCGUGCCUCCUACAGUUUUGGUUAGGUGCUUGCACAAAGGCUUUAAUUAUUCCAAAGGGUAUGAAGGCUCAUUAAAGAAUGUUAAGAUUGGGUCAUUGCAGAUGUUCAUGAAGAAUGAUGGAAGUUGUGAGGACAUGGGUCCUAGUCGUUUCCCCGUGGAGGAGGUGCACAAGAUUAGCGUGUUUGAUCUAAGAAUGGCAAAUGCCGACAGGCAUGCCGGGAAUAUUUUGUUUAGAAAAGGGAAAGAUGGUCAGACUGUGCUCAUUCCAAUUGAUCAUGGAUACUGCCUUCCUGAGAAUUUUGAAGAUUGCACAUUUGAUUGGCUUUAUUGGCCACAAGCUUGCCAGCCUUAUUCUCUUGACACCAUUGAGUACAUAAAUUCUUUAGAUGCUGAACAAGAUAUUGCACUUCUGAAGUUUUAUGGAUGGGAUAUUCCUAUUGAGAGCGCCCGCACGCUCCGUAUCUCCACUAUGCUUCUGAAGAAAGGGGUAGAGAGAGGUCUCACCCCCUUUGCUAUUGGGAGCCUAAUGUGUAGAGAAAAUAUAAACAAAGAAUCAGUGAUUGAGGAGAUUGUGCGUGAAGCUCAGGAUUCCUUGCUCCCUGGAAUGAGUGAAGCUGCAUUUCUUGAAGCCAUCUCCGAGUUCAUGGAUUUGCAGCUCGACAAGCUUGCAAAAUAA